GCUGCCCAAGCAAAAUAUUUACUCGUAUUUUCAUCUGCCGCCUCCACCCCUUUAGGUAUAGCCAUGGCCGAUUCCUCUGCGCCCGACUCUUCCCUACCCGAUUCCUCAAACUCUUCUCCACCCAACUAUUCUCUACCCGAUUCCUCUAUGAACGACCUCAUUGUGAAGCUUGCAGAGGAACGUGCGGCGAGUUUACCUGAGAAUAUGUGGCUAUCAUCAAAACCACCCUCGAUUUGGAACCUAGGUAAAAAAUCGAUUGACACCAUCAGAACGAAGAAACCUGAAGAGUACAAAAUUAUUGUUGAUAUAUGUAAAUUGGCUCUUAAUCAUUAUCAGGAAAGUCAUACAGACAAAUUGUAUGAGUUUGAUAGUGUGCCUGAGGGUGAGGAGAUCCUAACUAGGAUGAUCGGAUUCAUGACGUAUAUCUUUAAGUUUCGAGCUAAAAAUAUGAAGGUGACGGGUAAUCCUCUCGAAGUGUUUCAAGUUACUGCUGAUCAGCUCAGAGGAGGAGCUCUUAUUAUACAGGAAUGUACCCUGUUGGAAUAGGGUGGUUUUCCUUGUUGGGUUUUCCUUCUGGACUUUCCUUCUGACUUUUCGGGCGUUUGGAGAUGUUUUUCUUUUCAAAUAAUAUGUAUUGCACUUAUUUCUGUAGUUUGAAUGAUAUAGUUUGGACCUCCUAUCCAUCAUCUAUAACUUCUCACAAAGAAGUCUGCUGAUUUAGAAGAUUCAGAAUCUGCAAAGAGAUGCCUCAUGGACCAGUUUUCUUUUCAAGCAAACUGAAAAAAGUCCAAGUUGGCUAUUAUUAAACAGGAAAAAAUGUAAUUGGGUUUUAUGGUUUGGGAUGGUUUGUUUGGUUUGGUUCUGACAAUGCAUGCUACUUAAACAUGUUCUGUGUCAGGUUUCUUGACUAUUAUCUCCUCUUCAUUGGUGAACCUAUUUUAUUAAAUGCUACUGAACUUAUGCUAUUGAUUUGACUAAAA